AUGCAUGCCAUGCUACUAUCAGGUAGAAAUAAAAGUGCAACUACGUUUACACUCUUGGGAUUCUCAGAUUACCCAGAGCUGCAAAUCCCACUCUUCUUGAUUUUUUUGGCCAUCUACAGUGUCACUGUGGUCGGGAAUCUUGGGAUGAUUGUGAUCAUAAAAGUUAACCCCAAACUGCACACCCCCAUGUACUUUUUCCUCAGCCACCUCUCCUUUGUGGAUUUCUGCUACUCCUCCAUCAUUGCUCCCAAGACCCUGGUGAACCUGAUUGUAGAAGACAGAACCAUUUCUUUUUUAGGAUGCAUGGUCCAAUUCUUUCUCUUUUGUACCUUCGUUGUAACGGAGUCCUUUCUACUAGCUGUGAUGGCCUAUGAUCGCUUUGUGGCCAUUUGCAAUCCUCUGCUCUACAUGGUGGCCAUGUCCCAGAAACUCUGCGCCUUGCUAGUGCUUGGAUCAUACACCUGGGGAGUAGCAUGUUCUUUGAUACUGACAUGCUCUGCUUUAAAGUUGUCUUUUCAGGGUUUCAACAUAAUCAAUCACUUCUUCUGUGAGUUCUCCUCCCUGAUGUCCCUCUCUUGCUCUGAUACUUACAUCAACCAGCUGUUGCUUUUCAUUUUUGCCACUUUUAAUGAAGUCAGCACACUGCUCAUCAUUCUCAUGUCAUAUGCGUUCAUCGUUGUCACCAUCCUCAAGAUGAGUUCAGCCAGUGGGCGCCGCAAAGCCUUCUCCACCUGUGCCUCCCACCUGACUGCCAUCACCAUCUUCCACGGCACCAUCCUGUUCCUCUACUGUGUGCCCAACUCCAAAAACUCCAGGCACACAGUCAAAGUGGCCUCCGUGUUUUACACAGUGGUGAUCCCCAUGUUGAACCCCCUGAUCUAUAGCCUGAGAAAUAAGGAUGUCAAGGAUACAGUCAGCAAGAUAAUGGACACUAAAGUCUUUUCUUAUUGAACACGU